AUGGAGGGACUGGAAAUGUCAGCGAUGAUACCGGCUCUCCAGGAGCUUGCCAGCGCCGGUGAAGCUGAGUACAGCCGGGCGGUGCAGAAGCCUCGACAGAUCCUGUGUCAGUUCAUUGACAGGAUCCUGACCGAUGUGGACGUCGUUGCUCUGGGUCUGAGUAAGAAGUCCAGCUCGGAGCCUGCCUGUGUGAUGCUGCUGGACUUUGUGCAGCACAUAAUCAAAUCCUCGUCUCUGAUGUUCGCCAACCCUGCCUGCCAGCCUGCCGAGUACAAAGACACGACACAGAGCUGCAUCGAGUUCAGUAGGUGGGUGGUGGGCCGGUUGCUCCGUGUGGCCGCUUCCCCGCACUGCGAUGUCAUCCACGCGUCGGUCUCCGCCGUGCUUUGCUCUUUACUGCACACACUGAGAGUCAGAGCACCGGUCAUCUUCAGCUGCCUCACCGAGGAGCUGAUCGGGUCGGCCCAGGACCUCAGCGACAUCCUCUACAACCACGUUACCAUGCUGGGAGCUCAGGGACUCGGAGGAGGCGUUCACAUGCAGAGCCGCUGGCCUGUAACAGUCGAGCGCUUCUCCGUCCCACCUACAUGUGGCUCUGCCUACCUCACCCCGUCCCCCCUGCUUCUCUCUUCACCUGCCGCCUUGGAGUCGUUGUUCGUCGUGGUACUCGGUGUGGUGACAGACGUGCUGAGGGGGAUUGUCUCCCGCCGCGAUUUGGCAGUGGCCUGGGAAACGGCUUGCUUCAUCCUGGCCAACGGCAGCGUCCGGCUGAGGAAGAUCUCCAUGGUGAUGCUGAGGGAGAUGGUGGAGCUGGGAGGGUUCCCCGAAAGGCAGGGCCACGAGUUCUUCACGGCCUACCUGCAUUUGCUGGAGACACACUCUUACACGCAAACUCACGCAGGGGUAGACGAACAGCAGCCCUACGAAGGUGAACUGCUGAACCUGACGCGGUGCGUGUUCCAGUCGUCUGGCGUUUCUCACACGCACACGCCGGGGUUUGAACCCAUCCACCUGUCGCAGCUGUUUGAGUGUGUGUGUACUCUGGGAGGGGCGGGCCUCACAUUGGGAUCAGAGGUCAGCGAAUCACUCUGCCUGCUCUUCAGCUUCCUGCUAUCCGUUGCCUCCGGAUACGAGAGCGCCGCAUUGCUCAGGAGGCAGAGAGUCACUGAGGUGUGCAGGACUCUGGCGCACACUGUGGGAACAGACAAGCAGGCCGAGUGUGCGGAGGGCUUUCUGACAGCUGCGCUGAAGGCCGAGGUUGCCAUGGUGAUGCAGGAGUUAGAGGAGGGAGAGACGGUUGCCAAGAGACCCUGUUUGCCUGUCACCCAGUCAGCCAGCAGCACAUCAAAAACUUCACCCGCGGAGGUGGACAUGCGUGUCCGGAGCGACGUUUGGGCUGCCGUGAACGGCCGGCUGGAGGAGCUGCUGACCUUUCUGAACUCUGACCCCGAGACCCCCCGGACUCUUCCUGCUCUGGAGGGUCUGGCCCUCAUCCUGCACCUGGCAGCCCUCUGCUCCUCGCCCACCAGUCCGUCUCCUCUCCUCUGGGUGAGCACUGAGACUCGGGGCAGAGCGCUGAAGAGCUGCCAGUCAGUAUUGGAAGGCGGGGCUGAUGUUGUGUCAGACCACGCUCACAUUCAGUCUGUGGUCCAGAACACCGUGAGGGUCCUAGACUCCGUCCUGUACCUGACCGUGAGCAGCCAGUCUGAGGAUGGGCUCCAGCGGCGUGUGUGUGCCCUGCUGUCUCUGCCAUGGGUGUGUGAGUGCAAGUCUCUCCCAGCCUAUAAGAGCUCUGGAUUCCCCUCCAGUUUGCCGGCCUUGGCUCAGAGACUGACCUCAUGCUACUCGCCUCAGGUCCAGGCAGAAUGUGUGUCGCUACUGGCCCUGCUGCGUCGGGGUGUGUGUGACUCGUGGCGCGUGUGUGUGUUUUCCAAAGUGCUGCAGGCUCAGGACGAGGUGGUGCGAGCUGCGGCGGUCAGAGCCUUUCCUCUGCUGCUGCACCACCUGGGAAACACACACCACAGCCUCAUCAGCACUACCCUGCUGCCCAGGCUGCAGGACGACUCAGAGCGGGUGAAGAAGGAGCUCGCGGCCAUCGUUGGUCAGCUGACCUGCAUCCUGUCAGAGCUCUCCCAGCUCACUGACAGUCACACAGAGCCCACUCCUCUUCCCAAAAUCCUCUGCUCUCACCUCAGCUUAGCCCCCAAGCAUGCUGGGAAAGCGGCGGCAUCGCUUGGAGCAUCUGUUAUCAGACCCUUCCUGCCACUGCUGAGACAACAGGCUCCUAGUACUGUUAAACAAGCUUUCAUCGAAGCCCUGCCUCACCUCUGCCAGCAUGUGAAUCUCGUUGGCGGAGACAGCGACUCCCGAGCCGCUCUCUGUGCUCUGAUUGGUCUAAUGGAGGAUCCCGAUUCACAGGUCAGACUGCGCUUCAGCCAGUCAGUGCGCUUCCUGCUCACCGAGCCCAACCCAAACCCUGAGCAGGGCCUUCUCAGUGAGCUCCUGGUUGCACGCCUGAAGGAGGCAUUCAACAACGCCAAACUCAGCAGAGAUGACGACCUGCGCAACACUCUCAUCCUCACCACUGGAGAGAUUGGCAGAGCGUCCCAGGGCAGCUUGGUGUCGUUCUCCCUGCUGCGGCUGCUCCACUGUCUGCUGUCCAAGUCGUCCUCAGUGUCUGUGGCGGCCUACACUCAGAUCAGAGCCCUGGCCACCGCCAAGGGCCUUAAACUGCAGACCCUCUUCAGCCAGUACAAGAAUCCCAUCUGUCAGUUCCUGGUGGAGUCGCUGCACUCGCGUCACGCCUCAGCCCUGCGGAGCACGCCGGACCAGAGCAGCGAGUCAGCCAAUCAGAGGGAGCUUGCCCUGGACAUCCUGGCUCAGAUCGCACAUGCGUUCGAUUUCCCCGACCUCCACCGCUUCCUCACUCGUACCCUCCAGGUGCUCCUGCCCUACCUCGCGGCCAAGGCCAGCUCCACUGGCUCCGCCCUCAUCCGCACUUUAGCCAAUGAGCUGAAGGCCAACAGGAGGGAGAUUCUGAUCAACAACUUCAAGUACAUCUUCAGCCAUCUGGUCUGUUCCUGCACCAAGGAGGAGCUGGAGAGGGCUUUCCACUACCUGCAGAGUGAGACAGAUAUUGAACUGGGCUCUCUGCUGAGGCAAGACUUCCAGGGUCUUCACAACGAGCUGCUGCUACGCCUGGGAGAGCACUAUCAACAGGUGUUUAACGGCCUGGCCAUCCUCGCCUCCUUUGCAUCCAAUGAUGACCCUUACCGGGGUCCCCGUGACAUCACCACCCCAGAGCGCAUGGCGGACUACCUGCAGCCGAAGCUGCUGGGGAUUCUGGCGUUCUUCAACAUGCAGCUGCUCAGCUCCAGCGCAGGCGAGAAAGACCGCAAGAAGUUGGUCUUAACCAGUGUGAUGGCUCUGAUGCGACUCAUGGGCUCCAAACACAUCAGCUCUGUCAGGGUAAAGAUGAUGACCACGCUCCGCACCGGCCUCCGAUACCGAGAGGACUUCCCUCUGCUCUGCUGCCAGACACUGGAGUGCUUUGUGAGGAGCGUGGAUCCCGCUCACCUGGGCCCUCUACUGAGUCACGUGAUCGUUGCGCUCCUCCCGCUCAUCCCUCUACAGCCCAAAGAAACCGCUGCUAUCAUCCGCUUCCUCAUCCUGGACAACAGGGAAGAGGUGCAGGACUACCUCCAUGAGAUUUACUUCCUACCAGACCACCCAGAGCUCAAAGACAUCCACACUGUCCUGCAGAACUACAAGAAGCUGACGUCCAGCAGCAGCGACUUGGCCGCGGCGCUGCAGCUCUCCAUGAGGGCCGUUCAACACGAGAACGUCGACGUCCGAAUCCACGCUCUGACCAGCCUCAGGGACAUGAUGCACAGCAACCAGGAGUGGCUGCUGCGGCAGGUUUGUGCCAGCGAGUCGGUGGAGCCGGUGAUCUCCAGCCUGGUGGCGGUGCUGCUGAAGGGCUGCCAGGACUCGUCCCCGGAGGCCAGGCUGCUCUGCGGCGAGUGUCUUGGGGAGCUCGGGGCCAUUGACCCUGGACGACUGGACCUGUCGCACACACACACCCACGGCGACCGCAACAUCUUUGUGAGUGGAGUUGACGAUCCCAACUUUCCGUACGAGCUGCUGACAGAACUGACCAGAACAUUUCUGGCUUAUGCCGAUAAUGUGAGAGCACAGGACUCUGCUGCUUAUGCAAUGCAGGAGCUGCUGUCCAUCUUUGAGUGUCGUGAAGGUCGUAUCGACUCACCGGGCCGCCGGCUGUGGAGGAGAUUCCCAGAGCAGAUCCAAGAGAUCCUGGAACCUCACCUCAAUAGCAGGUAUAAGAGCAGUCAGAAGGUGGUGGACUGGCUCAAGCUGAAGAAGCCGGUCUACCUGAGCAACAGAGGCAGCAAGUUCUCGGACUGGUCAGCCACCUGGGCCGGAUACCUCAUCAGUAAGGUGAGACACGAACUGGCCAGCAAAGUCUUCAGCUGCUGCAGUUUCAUCAUCAAACACGACUACAAGGUCACCAUCUACCUGCUGCCUCACAUCCUGCUCUACAUGCUGCUGGGCUGCACGCCUGCAGAGCAGCAGGAGGUGACAGAGGAGAUGCUGGCCGUGCUGACGGAGCGUGACGGACGAGGAGGGGGGCGUGUCCAGGACACAGCCUCCAGCCUAUCACAGCUCAGCACUCAGACAGUGUUCAGCAUGCUGGCUCACCUCACGCAGUGGAGCCGCCACAUCCUGUCGUCCAAGUCCAAACAGAGCGAGAGUGGGGAGUAUCAGCGCGUGGUGGCCUUCUUGAAGGGUAUUCCACAGGACGUCCUGGCCAAGGCCUCGCUGCGCUCCAAAGCCUACACGCGUGCCCUCAUGCACUUUGAGUCGCACAUCCUAGAAAACAAGGAGAACAUCCAGGACCAUCUCACCUUCCUGCAGACGUUGUACGCGGCGAUGCAUGAGCCUGAUGGGGUGAGGGGGGUCAACGCCCUGAGGAGGGAGGAGCCGUCGCUACGGGAACAGAUUCUGGAGCACGAGAGCAUCGGCCUGCUCCGAGACGCCACCGCCUGCUACGACCGCGCCAUACAGCUGGAGUCAGACCAGAUUGGUCACUACCAUGGCGUGAUGACCUCCAUGCUCGGUCUGGGACAGCUCUCCACUGUCAUCACUCAGGUCAACGGAGUCCUGGCUAACAAGCCCCAGUGGAAAUCAGAGUUAAACGCCUACAGAGUGGAGGCAGCCUGGAAGCUCAGUAAAUGGGACCUGCUGGAGGAUUAUUUGAGCUCAGACCGUCAGUCCAGCACUUGGGGUGAGCGUCUGGGUCAGAUGCUGCUGGCUGCCAAGAAGGGAGAUGGAGAGACUUUCUACGACAAGCUGAAGCUGGUGAGGAAGGAGCAGGUUGUCCCGCUGUCGGCCGCCAGCUACGAGUGUGGGACGUACCAAAGAGGAUACGAGUACAUCGUCAGACUCCACAUGCUCAGUGAGUUGGAGCACUCUUUUACAGAGCUGCAGAAACAACAAGAAAGCUCCGCCCCCAGCCUCAGCGAACUGCCCCGCCAUUGGUCAGAUCGACUGGAGAUGACCCAGAAUUCCUUCAGGGCCAAGGAGCCAAUCUUGGCCCUGCGUCGCUCCCUGCUCAGCCUCGCGUCAGGGCCUGUGUGUCAGGAGCUGGUGGGGGAGUGCUGGCUGCAGAGCGCCCGGGUGGCCAGGAAGGCAGGACACCACCAGACGGCCUUCAACGCCUUGCUGAACGGAGAGAACACACAUCUGGCUGAGCUGCUCACCGAGAAGGCCAAGUGGCUCUGGUCCAAGGGAGAUGCGCACCAGGCCCUGAUAGUCCUCCAGAAGGGCGUGGCCCAGUGUUUCCCUGACGACCAGCCCGUGAUAGACCCCCGCAGCCUGCAGACCAAAGGCAAGGCCAUGCUGCUGGUGGGACGCUUCAUGGAGGAGACGGCCAACUUCGAGUCCAACGCCAUCAUGAAGGCAUACAAGGAUGUGACGAACCUUCUGCCAGAGUGGGAGGACGGGAACUUCUACCUGGCCAAGUACUAUGACAAAGUGAUGCCCAUGGUGACCGACAACAAGCUGGAGAAACAGGGAAACCUCAUCCGAUACAUCGUCACAUACUUUGGAAAAGCCUUGCAGUUUGGAAACCAGUACAUCUACCAGGCCAUGCCCCGGAUGCUUUCGCUCUGGUUGGAUUUUGGAGCCAAAGUGUAUGAGUGUGAUAAAGCUGGGCGAGUGGACAGACAGAUGCGUUUGGAGCUGGGUAAGAUCAACACGGCGGUGAGCGAGCACUGCACCAGCCUGGCGCCGUACCAGUUCCUCACCGCCUUCUCCCAGCUCAUCUCCAGGGUUUGUCACUCCAGCGACGAGGUCUUCACCGUCCUCAUGACCAUCGUGGCCAAGGUCCUGCUGGCGUACCCUCAACAGGCCAUGUGGCUCAUGACUGCUGUCUCCAAGUCGUCCUACCCCAUGCGCAUGAACCGCUGUAAUGAGAUCCUUAAGAAAGCCAUCAGCCUCAAAGACUCACUCGGGAAAUUCAUCGGAGACGUGAACAGGCUGACAGACAAGCUGCUCGAGCUCUGCAACAAGCCGGUGGACGGUAACAGCACCACCCUCAGCAUGAGCGUUCACUUCAAGCAGCUGAAACGGCUGGUGGAGGAGCCGACCUUCAGCCAGAUCCUCAUCCCGCUGCAGUCCGUCCUCAUCCCCACACUGCCCUAUACUGGUGGAGCAAACACGCAGCACGACGCCUUCCCUGGCCACUGGGCCUACCUCGCCGGCUUCGAAGACUCAGUGGAGAUCUUGGCCUCCUUACAGAAGCCCAAGAAGAUCUGUCUGAAGGGUUCUGAUGGGCGGAGCUACACCAUGAUGUGUAAACCUAAAGACGACCUCAGGAAGGACUGCCGACUCAUGGAGUUCAACUGCCUCAUCAACAAGUGCCUGCGUAAAGAUGCCGAGUCGAGGCGGAGAGAGCUGCAUAUCCGUACCUACGCUGUGAUUCCCCUCAACGAGGAGUGCGGCAUCAUCGAGUGGGUGAAUAACACCGCUGGACUGCGACACAUUCUCACCAAGCUCUACAAGGAGAGAGGUAUCUACCUGUCAGGUAAGGAGCUGAGGAAGCUGAUUCUCCCAAAGACGGCUCCCUUUGAGGAGAAGCUACGGAUACACAAGGAGGUGCUGUGUGCUCGACACCCCCCCGUCUUCCAUGAGUGGUUCCUCCGGACCUUCCCUGACCCGACGUCAUGGUACAGCAGCCGCUCCGCAUACUGCCGCUCCACUGCUGUGAUGUCCAUGGUGGGCUACAUCCUGGGCCUGGGAGAUCGCCACGGAGAGAACAUCCUAUUCGACUCAUUCACGGGGGAAUGCGUUCACGUCGACUUCAACUGCCUCUUCAACAAGGGGGAGACGUUUGAUGUGCCAGAGGUGGUUCCCUUCAGGCUGACCCAGAAUAUGGUCCAUGCCAUGGGACCCAUGGGCACUGAGGGCCUGUUUAGACAAGCCUGUGAGGUCACAUUGAGACUAAUGAGGGACCAGAGAGAGCCACUCACAAGUGUCCUUAAGACCUUCCUUCAUGAUCCACUGGUUGAGUGGAGCAAACAAGGCAAGGGAUUAUCUAAAGCUCAGGCCAAUGAGACAGGAGAGAUAGUCAAUGAAAAGGCCAAAACACAUGUGUGUGACAUCGAGCAACGGCUCCAGGGAGUCAUAAAGAGCAGGAACAAAGUUCUGGGCCUGCCUCUGUCCAUAGAGGGACACGUGCACUACCUCAUACAGGAAGCCACCGACGACAAACUACUCUGUCAGAUGUAUCUGGGCUGGGGGCCCUACCUCUAACACUCACACACACACAUACACACACAUACAAUGUUCAAGACAGCUCAUGGAUAAUUCACGGUAUUUAACUGUCAUGCAAUACCAAAUAAGUCACAUUCGCUAUGAAGGGAAAAUAGUGCGCUCUAGACUAUUUACUGUAUGAGUUAAGACACUGAAAAGUAUUUGAAAGCCUGUUGGAAAGCAUUUUGGUUUUCUGUAAUUAAUCACCUAACAGUGCCUGAAUUUUCCUGAUACGGCAAAACCCACUCACCUGUUGUUCCAAGCAAGCUGAAACAAACCAAAAAAAAAAAAAAAAAAAAAAAAAAAAAAACAGA